GCUGCGCAGGUUGGACAUAAAGUGACAGACUUCACCUCCUUAAAAUUGGAAGAAAACCCGAAGGACGACGCGUUACAAGUUUUAAAACAAUUGUAAUGAUUUUCAGACAUGGACGACAUAAACCUUCAUUAUCGCUUUCUGAACUGGAGGAGGCGAAUUCGAGAAAUUCGUGAAGUGCGAGCAGUGCGAUACCGGGAGCGGCUCAAACGGAUGCUGAGAGAUGGAGACAUACUCAGGUAUCAUGGGAAUUCAGAUGAAGUUGGCUGUUUUGUUGCAGCAAGGCCAUUGUCGAGAAGAAAUCGCUACUUUGAAGUGACCAUCAUCGAUACAGGAGUGAGGGGAAUGAUUUCUGUUGGUUUGGUACCUCAGCUCUACAAGCUGGACCAUCAGCCCGGCUGGCUCCCACACUCUGUGGCUUUUCAUGCGGAUGAUGGCAAGCUGUAUAAUGGAAACACUGUAGGACAGCAGUUUGGUCCAAAAUGCUGCAGAGGUGACAGAAUCGGCUGUGGAGUUUCUCUGGACUCUGAUGAUGGACAGCUAACGGUGUUUUUUACCAAGAAUGGCAAAGAAGUUGGCAGUGUGGACAUCCCAGCAUCGCCUGAUGCUCUCUUCCCUGCAGUGGGAAUGCACUCUUUGGGAGAAGAAGUGCUGCUGGACCUGAACGCUGAAUGGGGGAUGGAGGAGGAUGAUGGACAGAUGAUUGUGGACAGUCAUGAGGAGGACUGGUGCCGUCUCCAUGACAUCAAGGUGACUGGCACGCUGCUGGAGUACGUGGGUAAAGGGAAGAGCAUUGUGGACGUGGGCUUGGCUCAGGCCCGCCGGCCUCUCAACACACGCUUCCACUACUAUGAACUGGAGAUCACAGAUGCUGGCGAGAAGUGUUACAUUGCCCUGGGGCUGGCACGCAGGGACUACCCCAAAAACAGACAUCCAGGUUGGAGCAGAGGGUCUAUAGCCUAUCAUGCAGAUGAUGGAAAGUUGUUCCAGGGCAGCGGGGUCGGGGACGCGUUUGGGCCGCGCUGCUUUGAAGGAGACAUCAUGGGCUGCGGGAUCAUGUUUCCACGUGACUACAGCCUUGAUGGUGGAGAUGACGUUGAAGACUGGGACCUUGACGUGAUUCCCAAACCCAGUGCGGUUCAAAAUGACUUGUAUGCAAGCAAUGAAGAUGAGGAGGAUGAGGGAGAAGAUUUGGAAGGGAGGAAGGUCACGGUGUUCUUCACCAGAAAUGGAAAGGUUGUGGGCCGGAGGGAAGUGGCCUUACCUGUAGGAGGCUUGUACCCCACGAUUGGCAUGAUGAGCAGUGGGGAGAAGGUCAGAGUGGACCUGCACCCGCUGAGUGGCUAGCAGAGAGGAGACAUCAGAGCACGGAGGAAUGAUUGAGCUCUGCUACAUCUUCGGAGAUCAGAUUAUAAAUAAUACCUCCACAUCAACAGGCUCCAAGGUGUUACUUGAAAAGUCACUCCAGUGGAGAAGGUGACUGAGGCCCAUGCUGUAAGAAUGAUCAAAUUAAUGCAUGUUAUUAUAUAACAUGAGUGCCUCAAAGAAGUGCUUUAUAAUGAAAUGGUUUUACAGGAAAGCCUUAAUCCAGAGGUCUGUGUUGGUGACACACUAUUUUUGAUAAUUUAUUCACAAAGAGUAAAGUAUAACAUAAAAUACCAAAAAAAGGGUCUCAGCAGAUAAAUGAAUGUAAAAAUCCAAUCAGAGCAGGCCAAAGCAAACACACAGACCCUUUUAUCAGCAGUGGAUAUGUAGCAUCACUCGCACAGCCUGCUGCUGUCUGCAGCUGGAGGUCUGCUCUCUGUCUUCCUAUCUGGUGUGCUACUGACACUCAGUGGUGAGAGUGGUAGUGGUGAGUUUACUCAGUGAAGCAAUGUCAGUGAAACUAACUGCUUUACGAGUGUCGCUCUCUACAUGUAUAAGUGCUUUGUUUCUGCAAGCCACAUGCUUUAGGAAUUAUGUGAUAAUUACGUGUAAGAACAGCUUGUUGAGGUUAAAUCUAAAGGAGUAAGAUGUGUAAAAAGUAGGCUUCCAAAUUAUUCUUUUUAUUUUUUUGACUAGCUGUUGUCUUUUUUAUUUAGGUAUGAUUUUGACUGAAUUGUAGACAUGUACUGUCAUGAAAAACAUGCAGGUCAUAGUCACUCCAAAGCUAUUUGGAGAAACAUUUGUGUUUUAAAAAAUGCGAAAAUCACCAAAAUCAUGUCAUAGGAAGAACCCUAAAAUAGACUUCUUUGUCUCUUGAUAUCGCUUUGAUUGUGUUUUUUCAGUAUAGAUUUUGGUGUAUAUAGUUUAUAUGAAUAAACAAUAUACAUAUACAAUAAACAUAUUCUCCAAGCACGUAUUUCAGAUUGCCUAAUACACACAUAAACAAACCUAAGAAAACGACUCAUCUCCAUAUUUAAGUUAACGAAGGUAAUCCCAAACUUAGUGGAGCCUUUUUGAUACAAUUGAACUUCACAGGAAAAAAGACACAUUUGAAGUCGUGCUUUUGGCUGUAUUUUCUGUAGAUCAUAGGGUAUUUUGGAUUAAAUGAACAAAAUGGAAAAUAAACGUGAAGAGCAAUUCAAAGCCUGAGUAUCAAAGCCACUCAGGAAAAUAAUAAUUAAGGACAUAUCAUGGUAAAGUAGUACAUUUUCCAAUAGUUCAACAUUUCAAUAGUUUGAAAAUGAAGCCAUACUGUAACUGAUAUUUGCUGCUCUCAGGUGCAUUUGAAAAUCAAAAUUAAGUACCUUGUCUUUUAUAUGGUUAUUUUUGUGAUUUUGCUGUAUGUUAAAGUCCACCAUUGCUAAAAUCCUGUAAUGUUUUGGGUUUUUUUUGGUCACAAUGACUAUGUUUAUGACAUGGAAUACUGUUAAAGUAGAAUAUUUUGAUUGUUUCCCCCCUGACUCCAAUGUAAACGGUAAAUUAUUGUCUCUCUUUUGUGACACCAAAAUGUAUCUACCUUUUACAAAAAUUGUAGAGAUAAAGGAGGUGCUUCUGGUAUUAAUUCCCAUUAAUAAGAGGUUUCUCUGCAGAUUUCUCUGAUACUUGCUAUGAAUUAUUCAUAAAAAUACAACAAUAGGCUGUUAAUUGUAACUAUACCUUUUUAGAGGAUUUAUUUACUGUAUUGUAUCAUAUAGUUUCCAUUUUAUGUUAAAUCUGACAUUCUUGGAUGUAAGAACUUCUUCAGGCUUUACAACCAGCCUGAUGUUAAACAUUUGACCUAAUGAGCAAAGUGCCUGAGUGAAUGGGUCCAGUCUGGACCCUUAUUAAAUAAUCCAUGUAGGUUUUUUAUGGAUAUUGGUUAUUGUUGACUCUCAAGUUUGUGGACCCACAUUCACACUGUAAACCUGCUUCCACACCUCAUCCUAAAGGUGCCAUGUGUCUACGAACUCUGCAUGUCACUGAAAAGGUCUAACACACUUUAUUGGAAUCAUGCAGGACUCCAAAUCUUGCUUGGAAAUGAAAUUGAAUAUGGAAUAAUUGCUUCCAUUAAAUGCCCCUUGGUCAGCAAAAAAAUGUAAAGACUGAUGUUUUGGUGAUGCUCAACUGCUGCUAAUUGUGUGCCGAGGAAACACUGCGCAUCAUCCUAUCAGCCUGUACUGUAGAGGUGUACUCAUGUUUGGUUUUUCUCUAUCAUCGUCCAGUUUUAUGUUAAUGAUCUUGGUUCUCAGGAGCUACUAAUGGUCUUCUUCUCCUGUUGGCCGUCUGCCACACACUUUCAAUAUUUAGCCCUCCUGUAUCUUUAGUGUAGUUCAUUAUGAAGGAAGUCUCUCUAAAUCCAGCCCUUGUGUAGAUCCUAUGUUUUUAUUUCAUGUUGACUUUUCUCCUGUGCCCCCUGUCUCUUUUCAUUUGAAUCAAUCAGGUAAACAUGCCAAAAAAUUAUUUUAAAAAAAUAAAGAAUAUUUAC